UGGAGGUGGACGACAUGUAAAUACAAUGAUUCCCACCAGGAAGUGCACACGAAAAAGUUUAGAUCGCUUCCGCUUGCCUGCCAGCCAGCCAGACAGCCACCGCUUGGGGCUCGUGCAGUGAGAGUUACAUUCAAUCACAAGUGUCGUUGCCAGCAUGAGGGUAUCGGAUACAAAAGGGUCGUGUGAGGUUUGGUAUGGUGCGGUGGAGCUGUGUGGACCUAGGCGAUCUCCACAAUCACGAACUCUGAAGGCAUUCAAUACUCGGGCGUCGGUCGGUCACGGAUGUUGGAAAGAUGGGGCGACAAGCAGCACACUGCAAUGAAGACGAGGCGGUCUCCCAUCUGUCUCUCAUGCAUUCGCUGGUGUCCUCCUGGGCCCAACCGAUGCCAUUGAAGUGGCAACCCCACAGCGAAGCUGGAGCACCUCCUUACUGCACCUGUGCUCUGCUUUCAGGACCGCUACGGUGCCCACGGGGUGGCGACCGAGUGCCGAUUGAUUCCAGCUUGUGAUUUUGUCCCGUCAAGUCACGACACGUCUUCGUGACACUCACUCAGUGCACGGUCCUGCACUCACUAACUCACCAGACGAGCCAAAUCUCCCCAGACCCGGAGGAAACAUACAGCAACUGUUAUAGAGCGAAUUGAAACUGACAAAGCAGCGCACCACUUGCAGCAAAUUCGGGUGUUCCAGACCGGGCUUGCUAACUCACUGAUUCACUCCCACCAUCUCUCAACCCCACAUUGAGGUUCCCACGGGUGCUGACAACCUCGCUUUAGGGCAAGCCCCAUGCUCAUGCUGCCCAGUUGAGGGGGUCGGUGACUUGAGUCAGCUGAGCGGAGCCUGGGCUGAGUGGGAUCGGCGUAAGUAGGGCACAGAAAUUUCCAGAGACGCAAAUUAGAGCAUUUCGUGAGCCAAUAUGUGAUGCGGAUGGGCAGUGAUUCGGGACUAGUGGAAGGUUAUUGGGUGGGAAAAUCAGGAAGGGAAUACGACAGGCGGGAAUUAAAGGCCCGGCAGAUCAGCCUGGGAAAGUGGAUCGACCGAAAUGUGAUAUGUGGCCUCCUGACAGAGAGGCCGAGGGCGACGGCGCCCAUUGCUGAGCGCGUGUCCUUUAUGUUGGAGAGCCGAGGUCCGGCGAGGUCAGUCAUUGCCUUUGCCGGGGGUGAUUCAAGAAGCAAGGUAAGGCUCGGCCUUUACCAGGAGGCUGGCUUCUUGCUUAGUGUUGCUUGUCACGAUUAGCUUUCGUCACGAAGAUGAGAAAGCCUCCUUUCUCUCUGUUUUGUCGUCGGCAAGGCAUGUCAUGAAAAAAUCCAUAUCUGCAAGGUGAUCACAGUCUGCAAGGCAUGCAGCGAAAGGUUGCGUCCGUGGCUUCACGUUGACCGACUUUCUCACUCUCACUCCCUCUCUCUCUCUCUCCAUCGCUUUCUCUCCUUCGCCCUCCAUCUCCUUCUCUCCUUCUUCUCUCCUCCCCCGCUCUCUGUCCCUCUCAUUUCUCAAUCUCCGUCAAGCUGGAGACUGCCGAGGUGCCCCAGCAUCUACUCAUGCCAAUCACUGCAGGAUUGGGGUACUGUACUGCCAAGCAGAUAUCGCUAAUGCCAACUGAACAGCGGCAAGGCAGAAGGGGGAGGUGGUAGAUAGACUGUGCAUGUGGAUUGCUCAUCGGACAAGCAUUAGUCGUGGUCGUUGUUUUGGGGCGGGGCGGGGUGGGGGGGCACCGGAUCCUCCAUCCAGGUGGAUCGGCUGCCGCCAGCAUAAUCUCACGUUGUCGAUAAUUUAAAUUGAGAAAAGUUUGCGUCGAAGGAAGCGAUGGACACCGUCGGGCGCAAUACUGGUGUGGGUGGUGGUGAUGGUGGUGGUGUCGUUGUCGAUCAAGAGCCGAAGGUGACGAUGUGCGAAGGGGGCGGUGAGGGAAAGAUUUGUGACAGUGACGGGCAGCAGAAUCAGCGGGAGGAUGAGUGCAAGGUUUCGAGGAAUGGGAGCUCGCCGUCCCUGAUGACUCGGAAGGCCAAGGAAAUUCAGAGCACCGGUGCUUCCGAUGGUGCGGACGAGGCUCACAGAGGCGGGGGUUUGGCCCGGCGAUUGGACAAUUGCUGUCGAUCGUUCCGUCGGGAUGUGUCGCCGCAGGUGAUCUUGGGGAUGCGGGAGGUGGUGUGCGGAACGAAGCUGUGCUUGCUGUUUCUCGUCAUACCCUUCACGUUCAUCGCCGUGCAGAUGCAGUUGGGCCGCGGGUGGAUUUUCGCCUCGAGCCUCAUCGCCAUUGCGCCUCUGGCCGAGCGCCUGGGAUACGUGACCGAGCAGCUGGCAUUCUUCACGGGCCCCACGGCCGGAGGGCUGCUCAAUGCCACAUUCGGCAAUGCCACCGAGAUGAUCAUCUCCAUUUUUGCGCUGCGGAAGAGAAUGAUCCGCGUGGUUCAGCUCUCUCUCCUCGGCUCCAUUCUUUCCAACAUGCUGCUCGUGUUGGGCUGCGCAUUCUUCGUAGGAGGUCUGACCCAUUCCAAGAAAGAUCAAAAGUUCAACAAGCAAGUGGCCGUGGUGAGCACCAGCCUGCUUCUCAUGGCGUGCAUGGGCCUGCUAUUCCCAGCAGUGCUACACGCCACCGGGACCGAGCUCCACAAUUACACAUCCGAGCUCUCUCUGUCCAGAUUCAUCAGCAUCGUGCUCGUCCUGGCCUACGGAUUCUACCUCUUUUUCCAGCUCAAGAGCCACAGGAGAUUGUACGAGACUGAAGACGGCGAGGCCGAGGAGAUUUGUGAGCCCGAGGAGUCCGUGCUCACCUUCUGGAGCUCAAUUAUCUGGCUCGGCAUCCUCACGUUUUUCAUCUCCAUCCUCUCCGAGUACCUUGUGGAUGCGAUCCAAGGAGCUGCAGAGAUGUGGAGCAUUCCCGUCGCCUUCAUCAGCGUUAUCAUUCUGCCUCUGGUGGGAAAUGCCGCCGAGCACGGGAGUGCGGUGGUGUUCGCCAUGAAGGACAAGCUGGACAUUUCUUUGGGAGUCGGCAUCGGAUCGUCGACCCAGAUUUCCAUGUUCGUCAUUCCCUUCUGCGUUCUGGUGGGCUGGGCCUUCGGGAUCGAUAUGGACCUGAAUUUCGAAAUCUUCGAGACCGUCACUCUGUUCAUCACUGUCGUGGUGGUCACCGUCAUGCUGCAGGAUGGCACUGCCAACUACUUCAAGGGCCUCAUGCUCAUCCUCUGCUACAUCAUGGUGGGUGCCAGCUUCUGGGUGCACGUGGACAACAUCCCGGACCACAAUUCUCCCGGCCUCGGUUUCGCCAAGCACCUGAUCCAGAAAACCUUCUGCAUGCUCCAUUCCAGUGCCUGUCAAGUGGUGGAGCCUGCGGUAAUUGCACAAGUGUAGCCAGAGACGCGAGACCGAGGGGUGCAGUGCAGUCACUACACACACAGCUACAUACGGAGUUCGAAGCUGGCACACCUUGUACAAUAUAUCUGAGAUUAUCAGUGUACAAUUUCCAGACACCCUACGAGCGGUAGCACUCUUUCCCGGCUCCCAUGCAUACGGUGGUUCUUCCUAGACAGUACACUGGGCUCGAUUCCACCACCAUCAGGGGGGCCUCUGACCCUGCUCAUAUCUCCAGUACCUGGCUGGGCAUGCACUGCUCGAUGGAUUCCUGACGAUCGAUCUCGGCUCCUUGCAUCGAUCCGGUUGCCUGUUAUACGCCCGCGGUACACCAAUGGGCCUCGGGUGGUGGAAAUUUGAGUCGACUUAAGCCUUUCAGAAUUUCGAUGUGCUAGUACGGUCGAAUUUGUGGACGCCAAUAAAUCUCCCGCAGCCCCCCAUUCCCCUGUCGAUUUUUUCAGAUAAACGACUAGUGUUUUUUUUCCUGUGCAUACGUGAGUGAUUCUGACAGCUUAGCUUAAAGCAGCUCAUCCAUCCACUCUAAUAUCGAUCGUAAAUACUGUAGAAGGAUUAUGGAGCAAGGAACGAUAGAAGAGAGAGAAUGAGAGACAGACAGUCCAAUCCACAGGUUUGCAGUUCGUUCAUUCCGAUACAUGGAAGGUGGCGGACUUCAUUUGAACUCUCCGUGGCAAUUACAUGGCCAGUUAGAAUAUGAUUCCACUUUGUCCUCAGACAGCGCAAGCUCGAGAGGCAGGGAGCUAGAAAUUGUCGAACUCGAUCGACGUCAUACGACUCUAACGAAGCUCGUAAUGAAAUGAAAAUUACAAGCCGUGGAUUCUACAGCCAACGAUAGUGGUUUUGCUUUCCUUUUUCUGUUUCUGAGUUCAGGGGUAGGAUCUCGCGGUUGAGGAGAGAGGACUGUACCAGGUUCUGAAAUCCGUCGAGAAUAUACAACAGACAUUUUAUUCAAAUCCAGGCAUCUCUUCACACGAGAUUCCGCAGUUCGUUGACCUAUUAUUAGCUUACUCUGUACUCGGAUCCUUGCAGACUUGUAAUGAAUGGACUCGCUUUGGA